GGUCGCCCCGCGGGACAGCCAUAACCGCCCAGCACGAGAGAGAAGACGGCCUCUAUUAGCAGUAUGGAGGAGUCUGACCUGAUGAAGGAAAGGCUACAGGCCAUCACCGAGAAGCAUCGCAUUCAGGAAGACAUUAGACAGAAGAAACUGGAACUGGACCAAGAAAAACUGACACUUAAGCACCUAAAGAAAAAAGUACUGAGAGAGCAGUGGCUCCUACAAGACUCUGCUUCCCACAAUGCAACAGACUCCUCACAGCAGCAGAGCCUUUUGUCUGACCUGCAGCACACCCGAGCACUGCAGCUCAACAUCCACAGGAUAGAGAAGGAGGUGGAGUGUCUGGAGAGAGAGGAGUCUAUGAUUUCUACCAAUGAGAGUUUCAUCCUCAACAGACUGAAGGCUGUGGAGAAAAGUCCAGGGGACAUUAUCAAGGAGGCUCAGGACAGCUUUGUUCCUGAGCCAUUACAGGUCACCACAGUGACCCGUCAUGUCCCAGAAUUCCUCUCUCCAACAGCCAACAAACACUCUGAACCAAGCACACAGAGAAAAACUCUGUUUGCCAUGGAGAUCAAUGUGACUAAAAACCAUCUGACUGGAAAGAGCACAGUUCAUUCAACUGCAACAGUCCCUCCUGAGGAGAUAAACCAACACGCCGGCCUCAAGGUUUAUGACGACGGCAGGAAGUGUGUUUAUGCCUUGAAUUCACAAGAGGGGUCACAUGAUCAGAGCUGUGUGUCUGAGCUUUCAGCCAACGAGGUGGAACAGCUGCUGAGAAGCGCCACAUUGCAUCGCCAAGUAAACCAAGCAAACUACCAUCAAAAUCACAUUGAAACAGAGGAGCAUUGUUUUUACAACCACUGCGAUGAGAGAGACAGAGCGGGGGGGUUUGACCUCAGAAAGCAGCGACGUUAUUAUGGUAACCAUCUCAUCAGAAACAACAAUGCAGAGAAAGAUUGCACUCACAGGGAAAACUGGCAGAGAAAACCAGAGGCAAACCAUGGCUAUGGUCACCAGGAAAGCCAUUACAGGUGGCAGAAAGGGAGAAAUAAUAACAAAAGCAACCUGAGCGAAGGUCAUCAGCUUGGAAGCCACAAGGGGUUGGGACAUUACUAUGGCAACCAGAAAGAUGGUCAUAGUUUGGACCAGGUGAGAAACUGUCACAGUGUUCAGGAAGACCAGCCUGCUAGCCACCACACCAGCAGCAUCAUCAGAAGCAACAGUCUGCUAAAUGGAGGCAGAGCCAAUGACUGCCCUCCUCCUAGAUCACAUGACCAGGAAGCAGUGUCUCCCUACCAAUCACAGCUCUGCUACACUCCAGCCAAUUAUAUUCCUCUCAGUGAUUAUGUCAGCGUGGAUGAAGAAGAACUUUAUUGCUACAGCCCACCCUCCUAUCACAGCAACCAUGGGAAACCACCCACUGCUCUAUACAGUGGCCCCACCCACUCUGACAGAGUACCCUCCCCCUUCUACGGAGACGAUACCCCUUACACCAUCCUCAAUGCCAUGGAGACCACUGAGCCAAUCACGGCCAUCUUCAUGGGCUUCCAGACAGCGCAGGAUGACAGUGGGCACAGUCAGGAGUUUGAGGGCUCCCUGAAGGCGGAGCUUGUCAUCAUCGAGGACAAUGAAGACAACAUUGACGACAACAGAAUGAAGGGGAAGCAGCGCCACAUCCAGCUUGCAGGAAAUAGUUAUCAGACAGGAAGGUCAGCCAAUGGAAACGUGGGACGUGUGGAGGGAGUUGGAGACAGACGUAUGGACAGACGGGUGGGACCAGGUAUCAGAAAGAUCCAGAAAAAACACAAACCCUGCUGCAGUGUCUGCUAACGGGACUAACUAAUGCAUGCCCGAGUGUCGAACUCAGUAACCAGCUGUAUCAGUCCGCUAACCUCAUGACUAACUGCAACCAGCUGAGCUGCUGUAGCACAUGUAUUGUUAACAGAAUUAAUAAUAAGGUUUAUUUGCAUAGCACUUUUCAAGACCAGCAUUUUAAAGUGCUUUAUGACAAACACAUAAAAAACAACAAUACAAAAAACACAGUUAAUGUUCAACUGACCGGGCAAGUGUGUAGAAAGAGAGGAAUAAAUUGAUGAACAAUGGAUGAUUUAAAGUUGAUACGUGAAUAAAACCUAAACUAGAGCAGUGCAAGAUUUAGGUGCAACAUCAAGAGUAAUGUACAGUACAAUAAAGCCCCAUUUUCACCAAACACUUUCGGUAUAAUGUCUUUAGAACCAAAAGUAAUCCUUCAGACAUGGUACCCAGACCUUAUGUCUGUUAAGCCUUUACACCGCAAACAGUACUCUUAAAUGUGGGCAGGGUUGUUGUCACUCACUGCUCCGUCCAGCACUCGCUGUAUUUCCUCAUCACCAGUGACACAGGGAAGUCUGCACCUCAUUUAUUGUCCACAGGACAGGGUCGCAUGCCACCAUUUUCAGAACAAAAUAGAACAGGCUGCAGUGAGAGUCUUUCUCUCUCUCUCUCUCUCUCUCUCUGGGUUUGUGCAUUUAAUCCUUCUCAGGCAAACAUAGGGGUUUAGUGUUGCCAAAGCCCACAGGAACCAUGCUCUGUAACACUUUUUUUUUUUCCUCCAAUGAGGAUUAGAAUACAUGCACUUCACAUAAUCCGGUCAAAAUUAAUUUAUAUUUUUCAACACUUGAAGAUUUACUCAUUACUAAAAGUGUAUGUCAUCCAAGAGAGACAAUAAAGACUAAUGGAUUGGUCUAAGUUGUCAUUGAAAUUUAAUGUGAUGGAUGGCAGUCAUCAACUCAUGCAUUGAAUGACAUAAUAGGUAAACAUUCCACUUUAAAAGUUGCUGGCAGUCCUCAGUCUACAGCUGCUGCGAGAUUAGAAAAACAUCCUUUAUUUUAUAGUCAUUGUUUACUAAUAUAUGUCAGACUUGCCAUGAACAGUGAUUACGCAAGUCUCAAAACCAGCCACAACUCAGCCCUGAGCAGAGUGACCGUCCUCUAUUGACCAAUCAACAGACUGCAGCAUUUCUAGCUCCACCUUUUAGUACAAGAUCUGUGUGCUAGGUACCCCAACAGAGGGGUGGCUAAAAAUAGGGAUGGUAAGGAACAGUUCUAUUGGUACCAUCCACAAUUUUUCACAGUGGAAACAGAAAAAAGUAUACUGAACUCAACCGUACUGGAUUGCUUGGUUGAAACGGGGUUAAGCUACGAGAACUAGGAACAGGUUUUUAAAUCUUAAGCUUGACUCGUGUUAAGAAACUAUGGCUUAAGCUAUGCAUUGGAUGCUGUGCGCCUCUUUAAACAUGUAACCACACAUUGGGACCACAAGAACUGUGAUUGGCUGCUUGUGUUUCUUCUUACAAGUUUCUAGUCCCAGUGGAGAUUGUUAUUAGUGACGACAAUGUUAGUGAGGUUGCUCCUUUUUAGUUAAACACAUCUAGCAAAGAGCCUGAUCACAGCUGUCUAUCACAAUAAAUGGAAGAAAAUGAAUGUGGCAAUUACGUGGCAUAUUCAGUAAUGUGGCAAGGCAAAAUAGAGGUGACCUGGAUGUAUAUCCAGUUAUAAAAGUAUGUAAGUAGCCCAUAGGCUUGGGCGAUUGGACGAAUAUAUCGCCAAUCGCCCAUCGGCUGAGUCCAUCACGAUUGGUUUCAUUUUUGGCGAUUUUUUGGGCGAUUUUUGUCAUUUUAUUUUGCUAAAUUAAUGGUCUGUCUCCACAGAAUUAAACUCUGUACAUAUAGUCCAUAAUCACUAUGUAGAGCACAAUUCAAAGUGUGUGCGUAUUGGAACUGGCAGCUUCACACUGAUUUCCAACGAGUCUUUCACAAAACACGUCAGUGAUUGCGGAGCUGAAAGUUACAGCCGGGGUCCACCGGCAACGGGAGCGGCACGACACGUCUGCAGCUUGAGUCCCGUAGCAGCUCGCCCCCCUGUUAAUCAAUUACAGCGGCUGCGCCGGCAACAGGAGCGGCGCAACAACCCCCGUCUGCCGCGCUACAACUCUCUAUUUUAGGAUGCUCUUCUAUUUUUGUCGCGCUACGCUCCCCUACGCGACCCUCCACCAGAUAAAAACUACAUGAAAUAGUGUGUUAAACGAGCACAAUGUGUUUUUAAAUGAAUAAACCAUGAUGAUUUUCAUUUUCAUGCAUUUACCCAUGUUUAUCCGUGACAUUGUGUAAAUGUCCGUGGCGGACAUUUGAAAGCGAGUAGAUGACAAACAGUACAGUAAACUUGUAGAUUAAGUUUAAGUUUAAGUUUAUUCACUUUAUUAAUCCCCCUGAGGGGAAAUUCAGUGUUUUCACUCUUGCUUGUCAAUUACACACAGGUCCGGAAGACACACACAUGCACAAACAGGACCUAUACAUGCACUAAGUGGAGAGAUGUCAGAGUGAGGGGGCUGCCCUUUGGUCAGGCACCCCGGGCGGUUGGGGGGUUCGGUGCCUUGCUCAAGGGCACCUCGGCAGUGACCAGGAGGUGAACUGGCACCUCUCCAGCCACCAGUCCACGCUCCAUAUUUUGGUCCGGACGGGGACUCGAAGAGGCGACCCUCCGGUUCCCAACCCAAGUCCCUAUGGACUGAGCUACUGCCGCCCGAUAUUAUAUUUAGUUAUUAUAUAUAUUUGAGAUUACUCAAAUAUAUGUAAUAACUUAGGUGGAAAAUGCUUUAACUGUCAUGGCUCAGCAAACGGUAAACAAGACACUUACGUGAUGCUUACAUUUGCAGCCGGUGAAACCCAGCCGUAACGUGAAUUCAUAUGCGCAUAUGGUUAACAAUGUUACCAGCCGUGCUAAACACCCUCUCUGAUGGCGUGCUUGUUGCCGGUAUGCACAGAUAUUUCCGUGCCAUGUUGGACAUGAGUGGGCUCGCAAAGCACGCUGCAUUUUUUUUGCUGCAUUCAUGUGGUGUCGGGAGAUCCGUGUUGCCGAGCUGUUUUUCUGACAUGAGGUGGUGUUAAUGUGAAUUAUCCCAUUCUGAAAGUCAUUAUUUCGAUUCUUUCCAACAUAACAUGAAUGCAACAUCCCCCCUCUUUUUUUUUUCUCUGCCACACACGCAACUGCCAAAUAUAUCGGCAACCACCGGUUGAUGGGCUGACGGUGGCCAAUUGGAAAUUUUUAACAUAUCGCCCAACCCUAGUAGCCCACCGUUGUUCUAUGUCUCAAGUGAAACAGUUACUGUGGGAUAUCUAAGGAAAGCAGGACAUGACUCAAUGACGUACUACACAUCCAGGUGAAAUCCAAUGCUCAACUCAAUAUUAAAGCCUUCGCAUAGGUAGGCCUAUCUGUAGGGAGACUCAUGUUGACCACUUGCAUCAGGCAUACAUUACAUCAUCCAGUUUUAUGAACGGGAUGAUGUCGGCGCUGGUGACACCAUCAGCCGACAUGAGUCGAGCUCAGACCGGCCAGUUCACACUGCUGCAACUUUCCUCUGCAACGUUCUAAAAUGGUUUCAACUUACUAAACUUACUGCUACUAAACAUGCACAUGCUCUCCUGUGGCUCCCUCUGCUGGUUCAAACAAGGUGAGGUGGUGACCUAGAUGAAACAGCAGAAAAUGAUGAGCAGCUAUAAUAACUCAGAGUAGACCUAUAGUUCAGUUAAAACUGUAUGGCAUUUCUAUUUUGAGCUCAACAAACUGUGCUGCGUUCUGUAUUACAGUGGUCUCUAAAAUUUCAGAAAAUACCUUGUGGUAAAACUGGGAAAUGAAAGCACUUUCAAUAAUUUUGAUAGACUAAUGCUGCUAGAUGUUAGCCCAGUAUCAAAUCAAAUUGGUGUAAAAUAGCAUAUCUUCAUUUAAUGUAGUCUUAGGUAUGAUGCAGCAUUCAUUUGGUUUCUCAAAAUUAAAAUGAUGGAUCAACACAGUGUUUACCAGUAAUAUUUAGUCAAAACAUUUGUAAAAACAUUUAUCAGUGACACAUGGUGGAAAAGGCAAGGCAGAAUUAUUUACAGAUUAAAAUUAUCUCACUGUUCCAUAAUUCUAUCAGAAAGCAUGUGAUCUAAGAACUUUUUUC